AGUUCUUAAGCAACAGACGUGGUUAAAAUAAAUAAACGCGAAAACUUAAAAAAAUAAUAAUAAAAAAAAUUUUAAAAAAGUGAAUUCCAAAAGAAAGUGAAAGGGAGAAAGUAGUUUUGAAAGCAACAACAAUAUAGCUUAUAACAAUAAUAAUAAUAAAAAACAACAACAAAACUAAAGACAAAAUUUUACUAAAGAGUUUUUUUUUUAAAAAAAAGGGGUGGUGGUAGUGAAGUAAUUAAAGUGAAAAAUUUUGCAUAUUUUAUUGCUAAACAUUUUUAUAAAAUAUAGUAAUAAAUAAAUAUAAAUAGUAAUUAUAUGUUCAAGUGGUUUUUAAAAACAUUUUUGUAACAAAAACUCUACUCCAAUUAAGUGUUUGCUGUUAUAAGUUAUUAAGUAAACAACAUUUUGCAAUUUCAACAAUAUAUAACUAAUCAUUAAUCUAUUGAUCUAUUGUGUAAAAAUAGUCGAAUACAAAAAAAAAAUCUAACAAAAAAGAAAACAACAAAAAUAUAUCGAAAUAAUAAUAAAAAUAAACUCCUACUCGUAAAUAAAUACCCAAAUUAUUAACUUGUGUAAACUUGUAAUAAAAAACCUUUCAGUGUCGUAAAUAAGUACAACAUUUAACAGCUUGAAAUCUAAAACCAACCGAAAAACACUGAAAAAGUAACAAAAAUACAACAGCAGCAGCAACAACAAGUAAAAAUCAACAAAAGGAAAUUUUUUCAACUUUAACUCUACUGCUUUGCUGAUAUCCUUGCUUGUGACUCUCUCUCGCCCCACACGCCUGCGACAAACUAGUGCUUGUGCGUUUGUUGGAGUAUUUUGGUUGUGAGUGUGUGUAUUUUUUUUACAACUCAACCUUUGCUGAACAUUUCUUAAGGUUUUGACAUUGAUUGUUAUUAAAUUGCAAAAGCUUAAAAAAUCAAAUAACAAAGAACGUAGUUAAAAAGUCAUUUAACAAGUAGAAACUGUAUAAAAAAGUAUAAUAUUUUAAUAAAAAAAAAAACUGGUGACAAAAAGAAAAAGCAAAAUAAAAUCAUUAAUUGCUGCUUUAAAACUAAAUCAAAAAUUAAAGAGAACAGGAAAUCAAAAAAUAGCACUUGAAAAACAUUAACAAAAAGGCAACAAAAGCCGAGAACAAAAAAAAAACAAACAUUGCAACGUUACGCGAUUAAAUACAUUACAGCGGCAAUUAACUUUAAUUUAGAAAGACAUAGAAACAUACAUUUACACACAAAUACAUAUACAACUAAAACAUAAUUAACACCUACAAGUAGCUCGAAAAAAAGGCACAAACAUUUUCAAAAUAAAUAAAAUACACCAACAGCCUAAAUCACCUACACCCUAUAACAUUGAAAUAAACGAAACACUAGCAACAUCAUCUGCAACUACACCAACAUCAUCUACGGUAGCAGCACCGCAACAGCAAUCCAAAAUUACGACCACAACGAAAAAGAGCAACCCCACCAACACCAAUACCAACAACUCUGCACCUCAUACACAGAACAACGUUAUGAAUACGAACAAAAUGAAAAAACGUGAUACUGAUUUAUGACUGGUGCGUACCAAGGGUGCCUUGGGUUUGGGCACGAGCAGUGGCAGUCGCUAUAAAGUGACGGCUCGCUGUGUACCGGAAGAAUGCAAAAUUUGUCAAUAUCCUGCUCAUUAGUGUGUCUGAUAAUAUUGGGCAGUGCUGCUUUAGUGGGAGCCUUUGGUGUUUGUCAAAGACAAAUAAGCGCCAUAUUGAUAACAGGUGUUAUGUAUUUACUGGCAGCCUUAUUUGCUUUAUUUACUCUAAUGAUAAUACAUUUUAAAAGACAACAAGGUCGACCCAUGUUGGAUAGUGACUAUGAUGGCACAGUAGAUGGUAUAGUGGCCAGACCGGGUGGUCCAGCCAUAAUGGCCAAACCACUUUUGGGAGCCCGUAUAUUUUUAACUUCUUGGAGUUUAGAUUUGGGCUGGGGUGGUGUGGUAUUAUGUGCUAUAACCUCUGUACUUUGGAUAUUGUUAUCGAAAAUAAUGCGUUAUAAUCCCUUUUCCACUUUAAUGAUUUAGGUCAAAUUAAAUAAACCCUUUACAAGUUAGUAUUAAAAACAAUAUUUCAUAAUUAACACGGUACCUAACAACAAACAAACAAAAAACUUAUUGUAAUACUUUAAUAUAAAAUGUAUAUUUUUUAUUAAACAAGUAUUUUUCCAAUUAAGUUUGUAGCUUAUUUUUGUUUUAGUAUUUUUCUUCUGAAAACCAAUUCAUAAUUAAAGUUUGAAAUAAAAGUACCUUGAAAAUAAACUAAAAACAAACAAAAAAAAAAAUGGGAAUAAAUUUAAGCUUUUAAAACAAAAAUUGUUGAAUAAAUUAAAAUUGUAUUAAGCAGUACUUGUAGAACAAAUUAUGAAAAACCAAAAAAUGGCAACAAAACACAAGAUUUAAAUAAAAAGUAGCCUGAUACUAAAAAUAGUAAUUAUAUUGUAAAAAAAUUUAAACACUUUUCAAUAGCAAAUUAAAGGAAAAAACAAAAAAAAGUAUUUUAUACAAAAUUAGUUUUUGAAAACAAAAAGAAAGAAAUAUAAGCAUUUUUAAUUAUAUAAAUUAUGAAAUAUUGCAUCAAUUAGAAAUCUAAAAUUUAUGUAUAAUUAAACAAAAACAAAGUAUAUAACAAAAAAAAACACAGAACAGAACCAAUUUAUGCUUAAUUAACUUUUGGAUAAUAUGUAUAUUUAUUAUAAAUUUAUCAUUCAUUUGCAAUACUAUCUUGACUCCUUGAUAAAAAUUGGGUUAAAAUAAACAAAAGCAUUUUAUAAAAUUUGUCAACAUUUCGAUUAUUUUAAUGUUUCAAUAAAAUCUCUACAAUGAUCUGAAACUGAUGAACUUUUACUAUAGAAAAGUAAUCUUUUACUAUAGAAAAGUGAUCUGAAACAGAUCAACCAUUCCUAUAGAAAAGAUAGCUGAAACAGAUCAACUUUUCUAUAGAAAAG